AUGGUUCCUCCUGAUCAAAUUCUCCUCCUGGUGGAACUUUAUACCCGGAAGCCUUUGCGAAGGCUGCUGGUGAGUUACAUUCAUUACUGCGAAUCAGUGGAAUUCUCAAAGAGACUAGAUAAGCUUUGUGUACAUUCGUCUCACCUCUUCCCCAUCCUGUCCCGCUGCCCCAACCCCCGCUUUUCGAUAUACCAUCUUCCGGGGUUUUCAAGCCCGAACACUUGUCUAGCAAAUGGAGAGCCUAAAUCUACCAAAAUGAAACUUGUAAAUUUCUGUGUCCCUGUAUGUAAGUUUACUUUUUAUGGAGGAAAGGUCCUAGAUAAUGGCAAAUGA